AUGACUCCAGUUGUUAAGAUCAUAAACCGCAUCCGUUCCAAGGCCAAACAACACCGAACAUUCAAGGUACUAUUGGAGAAACUUUCAGCUGAAUAUGGCGACCUGCCUUUACACACAGAAAUUAGAUGGCUCAGCAGAGGACGAAUUCUGCUUCGUUUUUUGUCACUUCUGGAUGAAAUCAAAGAGUUCAUGCAGUCUAGAGGGGAAGAGAUCACGCUGUUGGAGGACACUAACUGGACACUUGGCCUUGCAUUUUUAACAGACAUUACUGAGAAACUGAACAGUUUGAACUAUGAGUUGCAAGGCAAAGGUAAGACUGUUGCCGAUAUGAUAAGUACUUUAAAGGCAUUUGAAGCCAAGUUGAGCAUUUUUUCUAUGCAUCUAAAGACGAAAAAGUUAUUACAUUUUCCUUCAGUGCAAAUGAUGCUGAAAGACAAUGCAUCGGGUUCUGAGGCUUUGAACAAAGUUAAAGAUAAAUACUCUCAAGUCAUAGAAAGACUAGGACAAGAGUUUGAGAACAGAUUUUGCGACCUUGGUCAACUUGAGCCAUGCGUGUCAUUUAUUGCGAAUCUUUUCAGGAACAACGACAUAUCAAGCAUUGCUGCGAAGUUUGGUGCAACGUUCAGCUCUGAUGCUGGACAGAUGGAGAAGGAAAUUAUAACAAUGCAAAAUGACCUCUACCUCAAAGCCUAUCAAGGCGUGCCAAACUUUUGGGGCCUAGUAGACACAGAAAAGUACAGUGGCAUAUGCACAUCGGCUUUGAAGGUCGCAAGCAUGUUUGGUACAACCUAUUUGUGCGAAUCAGCAUUUUCUGACAUGAAAUUCAUCAGGAACAAACACAGAACAGGCCUCACUGAUGAAAAUCUGCAUGACUCGCUCGCUCAGAGUUGCAGUUUUAAGUUACACGCCAGAACACAACCCGCUGGUAGAGAGCAUGCAAUGCAAGGUUUACCAUCAACUGAAUAG